AUAAAACAGCCAUUUUUUUCGUAUUUAUUUUUUUAUAUUUUUGUUCCUAUUUUUUCGUUGCAAAGUUAAAAUGCAACGGCGUACAAAGAACACUGCAGAUACUAAGAGAAUUCAAUCGCUUAAGGCCUUGUUUAAAAAAGUGGUUCGCCUGAUGAGCCUAAAUGAUCCCUGGCGAGAAAACGAAGAUGAUCCACGAAUAACUUCAAACGUCAUGAAGAAUUUAUCUGCCAGAGUGCGCACAAAAUCCAAAUCGGGAUUCCUAACUGCAGCGGAUAAAUCUUUGAUUCGAACGCCGCACGUGAUUCGAACAAUUCCGGAAAGAAUGAAAUUAUGUAAACUGUUUGCUAAGUUGACAUGCUUGGCAGGCUUCAGUCCAAAAAUUCGAGCUCGACUAGUUCCUGUGGUCCGUUUGAUGCCCGUGGAUGCUGGUCGCAUUAUCAUAAGGCAAUCGGAUGCUCCUAUAACCGUGUUUUUUGUACUAACAGGUGAAGUACAUAUGAUUAAAAACGAAAAAAACCAGAAGGGAGAAGGAGUGGUCAUGGGCUUCCUUGGUGCUGGAGAUAUGAUGGGUGAUGUGGAGCUCUUAGAGGGUAUCAAGCGAACUCACACCUUCAGAGCAGCAACACCAGCAGUACUUGGCCCCAGCUCCAUGGAUUUCAUGUGCCCCGAUUCGAUGGGAGUCGCCAAUUCGCCAGUUCGCCAGCAACUAUUGAACGAUUCACUUUGCAGCCUACUGCGAACUGCUCGUCCUGUUCGACUAUGAUUUUGCACCGAUUCUUGGGGCCUACAUGACCAAGAUUUGGGAGGAGAAGAAGCGGGCCCUCAAGGCACUGGACUACUUUGACUUUCUCGAUGACGAUCAGAUCGUGGAAGCUUGCCGAUAUGGGAGGCUGAAGCAAUUCGAUCCACUGGAUACCAUAUUCUGUGAGGAUAUAGGAUCCAUGACCAAUGUCCACUUCGUGCUCAGUGGAGAAUGUCUGAUACUCCAGUGUCUGAAUAUAAAGGUUACUAUGAAAAGGGGUAAAAAGGUAUAUGAUCUUUUGCCGGCGUCGGAAGGCGAUGUGUCCAAAAUGUUUAGAAAAGCCGUGAGAUCAACAUUUUCCUCGCAAAGUACCAACGAAGAUCAGUCAAAAAUAGAUAUUCUUGAUCUUGUGGCAAGUACGAGUUCCAGUUCCACGGGAGAUGCGCAAAAAAGUGCUCUCAACCGCAAGAUGCGAAAAAUGGAUCUAAGAGAUAUAGAAAAAAGAUGCGGCAUGAUCAAAUCGCCGCCACAGAAAUCGCGUUUCACUUGGCGCCGCUCGAUUCGAAAGUCAACGAUGUCCGUAUUUUCUCACAGUGAAAAUAGGUUGAUCAGUGAAGAUGUAUUUGAGGAUUUUUGGGAAAUGUAUGAGAAUGAAAGUGAUAUCGAAUCAUACUCAUCGGGCUCAGACUACACUGACGUGGAGUUUAAGCAAUCCUUUCGUUUUGGUCCUGCUUUGAAUAAUACUGCGGAAUUGGAUUACGAUGGGAGUUCUAUUUUUUCGUCAUCCCUAUCUAGUUUUUCCUCGAGCAGUGGUUCAUGCACACCCACAUUUGAAAGCCAUUUCAUCGAUGUGGGUACCAUAACAUUUGGAGGCAUUUUCGGCUUGGGCGAGAAAAUGGAAAAUCGCGUGAUAAUGGCAAGGAGCACGGUUCAAUGCCUGAUACUUCCCAGAUUUUUCCUGCUGGAAAAGAAACAAAAUCCCGGCAAUGUUUGGGAGCGCAGACUGUUGUAUGUGGGCGUCAUGGUUCCAUCCAGGGAAGCCCUUUUUGCCCACUAUCGUAAAGCUUGCGACUGGAAGAAAUUCAAAAACGACCUAAUUUCCGAGACCUUGAAGCCCUCCGAUAAUGACAUCACACACAUCGAAGACGUUCCCAUAAUUUGCAGAAUUGUAGAAUCACCAGAGGAUCUCAAUUAGUUGUUGAAAAUAAAUUGUUGAUUAUGGGGCGGUUAUGUAUUUUCCAGUUGAGUCAAAAGUAUCAGCUAAUUAUGACAAUUUGGUUCAGCUGAAAAAUAUAACAACACUCGCCCGAUAAAUUAAACUGUAUUUAUAUAAUUGCAAAUAAAUGGUUGCAAUAAAUAGUUUUGAGUCUAUUAAAUGGACCGUUCCGAAUAUGAACUAAGACCAACGCUGAAAAUUAAGUUUUGCCAAAAUAAAACGAAUCAAAAUUUCGGG